AUGAAGAUUUCUACGUUUUCUUUGAUUCUUUUGUGCUUCUUUCAAUCCACACGAGCAAUCUUAAAUCCUAUUGAUUUCUUAGCAUUGCAAUCUAUUCGAAGAUCUUUGCACGAUGUUCCUGGUUCCAAAUUCUUUUCAUCUUGGGACUUCACAGACGAUCCUUGCAACUUCGCCGGAGUUUUUUGUGUUUCCGAUAAAGUUGUAGCUCUCAAUCUCGGCGAACCGAGAGCCGGUUCUCCUGGUUUAACCGGGAAAAUAGACACCGCUGUUGGAAAACUCUCUUCUCUCGUCGACUUAACGGUUUCUGCAGGUAGAGUUUACGGUCCUCUUCCUCAGUCCAUUUCCAAAUUGAACAACCUCAAGUUUCUCGGCAUCAGCCGGAAUUUCAUCUCCGGCGAGAUUCCGGCUGGACUAGGUCAGCUUCGCAAUCUCAGAACAAUCGAUCUAAGCUACAAUCAGCUAGCCGGAGCUAUUCCUCCGUCAAUCGGAAAAUUACCGAAUCUAAACAACCUGAUGCUCCGUCAUAACCGUCUCACCGGUUCAAUUCCAUCUUUCGCUUCAGCAAAAAACCUAAACCGGCUCGAUCUAAAACACAACUCACUCACCGGUUCACUCACUCCCGAUUCUCUCCCUUCCUCACUACAAUACCUCUCUCUAUCAUGGAACCAGCUAACCGGAACAGUGGACCGGGUUUUAUACAAACUAAACCGCCUCAACUAUCUCGAUCUAAGCUUCAACCGGUUCACCGGUUCAAUCCCGCGUCAACUAUUCUCAUUCCCGCUAACCAACUUACAGUUAGAAAGAAACCAACUAUACGGUCCGGUUGAACCGUUUAGCGAAGUUACAAUCCAAACCGUUGAUCUCAGUUACAACAAACUAUCAGGUGAAAUAUCACCUUUGUUAUCUAGUGUGCACAAUUUGUAUCUAAACAACAACGCUUUCACCGGCGAAGUUCCCGGUAGUUUUGUUGAACGGUUGUUAGCAGCGAAUAUUCAGAUACUGUAUUUGCAGCAUAAUUAUCUUACAGGAAUUGUGAUAAAUCCAACGGCGGAGAUUCCGUUGAGCAGUUCUCUUUGUUUACAGUAUAACUGUAUGGUUCCUCCUAUCCAGAUGACGUGUCCUUCCAAAGCUGGUUACCUGAAAAUUAGACCGGCUCAGGAGUGUAACCAUUACCAAUACCAUUGA